GUCCGGUGCUCGGGGUGUGCCCUGGGCAUUCCUGGAGGCUCCGACUACGUCUCCGGCGAUCGCGACGCUACAGCAGUGACUUCGCUCAGACAUCAUGUCUGAGAAGCGGCACGAAGAGGACACCCGAGCCCGGCGGGUCCCUGACAGCACCAAGGAGAGCACCGAAACAGACCUUGGAAUUUGUGGAUCGAUUUUGGUGUAUGUCUCAUUCUUCUUAACAAUUAUAACUUUCCCAUUAUCAAUAUGGAUGUGCAUGAAGAUCGUAAAAGAAUAUGAAAGAGCCAUCAUCUUUAGAUUGGGUCGCAUUUUACAAGGAGGAGCCAAAGGACCUGGUUUGUUUUUUGUCCUGCCGUGUACUGACAGCUUUGUCAAAGUGGACAUGAGAAUUAUUUCAUUUGAUAUUCCUCCUCAAGAGAUCCUCACUAAGGAUUCCGUGACAGUUAGUGUGGAUGGUGUGGUCUAUUACCGUGUUCAGAAUGCAAUCCUGGCUGUGGCAAAUAUCACCAAUGCUGACUCAGCAACUCGUCUGUUGGCACAGACUACCCUGAGGAACGUCCUGGGCACCAAAAACCUUUCUCAGAUCCUCUCUGACAGAGAAGAAAUUGCACACAACAUGCAGAAUACCCUGGAUGAAGCCACUGAUGACUGGGGAAUCAAGGUGGAACGAGUGGAAAUUAAGGAUGUGAAACUACCUGUACAGCUCCAGAGGGCUAUGGCUGCAGAAGCGGAAGCAUCCCGGGAGGCCCGAGCCAAGGUUAUUGCAGCCGAGGGAGAAAUGAACGCAUCCAGAGCUCUGAAAGAAGCCUCCAUAGUCAUCAGUGAAUCUCCUGCAGCCCUUCAGCUCCGGUACCUUCAGACACUAACCACCAUUGCUUCUGAGAAAAACUCCACGAUCGUCUUCCCUCUGCCCAUGGAUUUGCUGCAAGGCAUGAUGAGGGGAACGUAGUGAGGCACAGAGGCCAACACAGAGAUGAGCUCUUCCCUUCUGAGGAUGACAUGGGGGACCAAAUUAGCCUUUAACCCAUAAGAGGAGGGGAGGGUGGGAACUUGACUAUUCUCUCUUCCUUUCCUUUUCCAUAUAUUGGAGUUCUUAGAAUGUACAGGGAUCCUAGCAACAGGUAAAGAUUGUUAGCUUAUAAAUACUGUGAGUGAGAGAGAUUUAUAUAAGAUAAUCUCUUACUCUUUAAAUAUUUAACUCCAUACUUUUAGAUCAUUAUGUACUAGGUUAACGCCCUCUUUUUUUGACUUUCAUGGAAUUAUUCUACACCCUCUAUCAGGAGACCGGCCAAAGGAAACCGCCACCUGAUAUUCUUGGCUGGACAAAUGAUUUAAAAAGAUAGUGACCUUAAACUACAACCAGCUUCUCUGGGCCACAUGUGCCUUACUUCCGGGAAAUCUUACUUAAGGCAAUUUUGUAACAUCCAUUUACUUUCUAAACCUAAACCAUGUUUCAGAAUAAUCCUCACUUGAGACUAGUCAUUCUCUUGCCAGUACCUGUCAGCUCUGGAGGAAGGUUAAGAUCAAUGAAAAUGAUUAAUCUUUGAAAGACUUUUAAAUCCACUAUAAUAGAGGUCCUUGGAAAUAAUGUGACCCUUCAAAUUAGCUAAAUACUUGUCACAUAAGUGCUUUUUUCUCACUUUUGCCUAUUUUCAUAUAUUAGAUCCUAAAUAGUUUUGAUUUUUUAAAUAAAAAUUUAAGUUCUA